CGAGGGUUGUCUGUGUGUGGGUGUUUUUUUUUCUUUAUGGUUUUUUUUAAUGCAAGAUAUGAUGCUACCAUUUGUUCUAAAGUCCAUGGACUUGUUAAGAAACAUACACAAUAAUAAAUCGACAUUUUCUCCAUAAAAGGGAAGUAAGCAUCUGAAUUUACAACAUUGCCAAUUUAAGAGUACUCUGUCUUGACAUGAUGGGGAACGUACUUGAUUUUAAAGUCUGCCUGACUGUGACGCUGCUGUGUGCCCUGCAACUGGGUAAGUCUAGCUCAAUCAUUUACAAGAUAAAAGAUUAUUCAUCACACACUUCAAUUCAUAAUCAUACUACCCACAUUAAAUAUUAACGCAACAGGCAUCAUUAAGUACCGGUACUGCAAUUACAACAUUCAUAUUUAUUGAGCUCACAGACAAAUGUCAGUACUGUAUUUGAAUUAUUUUUGUUUUUUAAUGUUAAAAAAAUAAAUUAUAAAGGAUUUAUUUUUGAGCCGCGCCAUAUUAUUUGUUACCGGUACUGUAAAAGCAAUUAAGAUACGACAUGUUACUUAAUAAUGCUCUUUUCCCAGUAUUUACGCUUAAGUAAGUUAUGUUUACCCUCGAUGUUAAUGGGGGGGGGGGAAGGGGGGGGGGGGAGGGGGAUAUUUCCGGGUGGGUGAUUUUUCUCCUUUUUUUUUCAUCCAAAAUAAUACACAUGUAUUUGCAUGUAAUUCUACGAAUAUAAUACGACACCAUAUAACUUAGAGACCCGCCUUAAGUUUAUAGAAAUACUGUGUUUGUGGAUUCUCUCAAUCUGAUUUCAUUCUGUUACUGUAAGCUUCUCCUAUCUGUCUCCAUGUCUUUCCAAUGAGCUACCACUCCCCAUCUCUCACUCUCUCUCUCUCUCUCUCGCUAAAUAUAUAUAUAUGGUAAACAAUGAAUUGAUCGAAUUAAAAAUCAAAGUGUAGAGCAAUUAGUGACGUACAAGUAGCCUACUCAGGUAUCGAUACCAAAAAUACCCUAAUAGCACAGUUACUUUAAUAGUUUCCUAGACGAGAUACCCAUUGUGUUCUCCUGUUCUAUACAUAAUACACAUCUCAUUAACCUCUCCAACCCAUUACUUCUACUAUACUUUGUUGUUUUAGUCAAUUUUUCUGUUUUUUGUUUUUUUUUUGGUUAUUUAAUCCAUUUUUUAAAAAACUUUCAGGAUAUGAUGUUGGGGCCCAGGCACCGAAAGUAGAAAGCUUUGUGAGACGGGGAGGCGAUGGGAUGCCUGGUAGUAGUGGGCCACCGGGGAUCCCUGGGGGACCUUUGAGAGCUGGAGAGCCCGGGAGACAAGGAGUUGGCGGGAGUCCUGGAAGCAACGGGGCGCCCGGUACACCUGGACAAAACGGUUCGCCAGGGGCAGAAUACUACACCGGAGCCGUCGCGGCAGCCGGAGCACCAGGGCUCGCUGGGAAGGACGGGGGACCAGGUCAGGCCGGAUCACCUGGUCGUCCCGGAGGACCUGGGUCCACAGGAGGUCCUGGGGUGAAAGGGGGCCCUGGGGGUGCCGGCGGACCAGGUGGUAAAGGGGGGCCCGGA